AUGAACACAAAGGACGAACCGGAGACCGUUGAUGUGGUGAUUUGCGGAUGUGGCCCGACCGGGGCGUUGUUAGCAGCCUAUUUGGGCAAGUUGUCGAUCCCCCAUAUCGUGCUUGACAAAGAGAAAGAGAUCACGACGGAUCCUCGCGGCAUUGCACUGGACGAAGACGGAAUUCGCCUUCUCCAAGGCAUGGACAGUUUCAAGUUCAUUGGAGGUACUGAAACGUGUUUGGGACAAGCUCCUUUCUUGACUUUGGAUUAUAGCACAACCGAAGGUGGCACAGGGCAUGUCGGAUUCAUUUGUCACAAUCAACCGCGACUCGAAAAGCAUUUGCGGGAAGCAAUGACGUCUUCCCCAUUUUGCAACUUGAGAGCCCAAUCCGCCGUCACCAAUAUUUGGGAAGAAGAUGAUUGGUCUUACUGUGUCUACAAUGAUUCGGAGGGGGUUGACCAUGUCAUUCGCUCAAAAUACUUCGUCGGCGCCGAUGGGAAAACAGGAUACACAAGAAAGAAUUAUUUGGAGCCGAAAGGCAUCGUGAUGGAGCGAUCCACGGAGACAUUGUACGAUGAGACGUGGGUGGCUCUCAACUGGCAUAUUACACUACCGACACCAAUCACUCAUCCAGAUUUCCCUUUGUGGACUUUGGGUUACUCGCCAGAAGAAGUGUACGAUCUGUUUUUCCCCAGAGGCCAGUCUUUCUUGUGUAAUCCACAGCGGCCAGCUGUGUGUGGACGGUUUGGAUUACCGUCGGAUCGACUAUGGCGUUUUGAAUUUGUUGUUCGCAAGGAAGAAGAUGGUGAUUUGAUGGCCACCAAUGAAAUGGUCGAACGUGUUGUAUCGCCCUACUUCACGCACAAAGGCGACCGCUACAGCUUGAAUGAAGACGUGAAGUUCCCUAGCGACUGCAUAAAAAUCCUCCGAUCGCGCCCUUACAUGUUCUCAGCACGAUGCUGUAAUUCGUGGGCGCUCGACCGGGUGAUCCUAUGUGGCGAUGCGGCGCAUGUAUUCCCUCCCUACGGUGGUCAGGGAAUUGCAUCCGGCUUUCGCGAUGCUGCCUCGCUCGCCUGGCGCCUUGCUCUUUUGUGCCGCGACCGACCUUCAAAACAACCUCGCCACAAGGAAGUAUUGUCAGGCUGGUUUUUGGAGCGCCGACGUCGGGAGGGAAUGGUGCAUUAUGAGCAUUUACCAGGCCUACCGUUUCUGCCGGACAUGUUGGGCGGUAUGUGCGUACCGCAGGUCUACUGCAAACGGCUCGAAGGCAAUAAAGACGAAGUCUUGUUUACCGACGAUGUUAUCCUCCGACCGGAAGAAGGGGGUCUCUUUAGAAUCUUCGGAUAUCUUAAGGACUAUCAGGGACUCCAGUCGGCCAAAGCGAUGUUACAGAACAUCGAAAAAGUUUCAGGUGGAGAGUUCUGUGCAUGCGAUGUACCAUUCAUUAUUGAAUCGGGUCCUGGUUCUUCAUAUGAUGCUUGCCAACAAGAUGCCAAAGGCUUGAAAGGCCUUUAUCAGAUUGCAACCGGCGAGGAUUUCGCCAAAUCCCCUUUGUGUCGGCGAAGACCGGAGCCUCGUAAUUUUGACCCCUACUAUCUGGGGAAGAAGAUACAGUUGAAACGAUUUGUCGUGCUGAGGCCGGAUCGGUUUAUUUUCGCCGCUUGUGAUACCCAGGAAGAGCUGGAGAGAGCGAUCACAAGUGCUGUUGACUAUUUGAAAGGGAAAUGA